UUUCUGUACCCCUGAGCUGAUCAUAAGCUAUUGGCGAAAGCCUGCGGCGCAAUGCCGGCCAGCUAUGAGUCUCAGUCUAAGCACGCAGAGUGUAUCUCUCAAGCAGUUUCUGCCCUCCUUCGAUGCUGGCCUCCUGCCUACAGGCCAUAUUGGCUGAGAACUCGAAAAGAUGUGACUAACGUCCUGAAGGAACGAUUGGCCACACACACCUUAUACAACCGCCUGAGUGGCAGCACUGUGGACAUCAAGAACCUUCUCUUCGUCUCGGAUCCCAAUAGGUGUAUGAUGAAGUCCUACUGCAACCUGCAAAAGCUCGGUAGUGGCGCGUUUGGCGCCGUCUUCAAAGCGCAAUGCAAGCUGACGGGCGAAUGGCGAGCCAUCAAGAAGCUUCCCCUGUCAGAUGUUGCGGAUGAUAUGGCCUUCGUUUAUGCUGAGCUGGAAGCCAUGAUUCACUUGCAUCAUCCGCAUGUCGUCAAGUUUUACGAACACUUUGAGCAGGAGAAUGCCUUGUUCAUGGUCACAGAGCUUUGCGAUGGUGGAGAUUUCUCCGAACUGAACCAUGGCAUUGAUGACCCCCAGGAGGUGAAGCUGUUGAUACGGGAUGUGACCAUGGCAUUGGCCUAUUGCCAUGACCAUGGUGUGGCCCAUCGAGCCUUGGCGUGCGCACCGAGUGAACGAGCCGUCCGGGACGGCGAAUCCUUUGUGAGAUGUUGUGCGGUGAGAGGCACUAGGCGUGGUGAAGAGCAGUGUGGUGAUUUGUGCCGUGGUGAAGUGGUGAAGUCUUUACUUUUCAACACCUGGUCACCUUGUUGAUAUUUCUACUUUUUGAUACUUUCAGUGCGUAUAUUGAUACAUUUCUCCAAGACUCCAGACAUCUCUAUUCUUUUACACUUUUCUCUAGAAAUCUCUGGCUUUUUCGAUGCUUGUGUUUGAGCAUCCUUACAUUGUGCUUUGAACGUGUGAACGUGUUAACAUGUUUAGAGGAAAGUCUCGAAAAAAACGCAUAUUUUUAGAGACAAAUGUCAAAAAGUAGACGGAGAUUGCUGGAGGAACGGAUCCACAAGUAGAGAUUUUCUAGAGGAAGAAGCGAAAAGCAGAGGUUCCCAUAGAAGCCAAAUAGGGUCUGUAGAAAGCUGCAGCUCUUCAGGCUCUCAUCCAACAGCUGAAGCGUCCAAUCCCCCCAGGGAUCCGCACGGAAUCCACCUCGCUCCGCUGAAGCUUCUGCGCCAUCGCGUUCCGGCGGUCCCGUGGCCACCGCGUUCCGUGCAACUGCCACGGGUUCCGGCAGCUGACAA